AUGUUCUACGAUUUUUCGAAAAGAGAUGCCAACGGUGUAGCUCCAUUUUAUGUUCUAAUGUCAUACGUGUGUGGUGACUCUGUGAAUUUGGUAAAUGAUCACACUGAUGAGGAAGUAGGACAGAUAUUUGUAGACACCCUAAAAAAGUUAUUUCCUAACGAGGAUAUUCCAAAACCUGAUGGAGUAGUGGUGUCUCAUUGGGGACGAGAUCCUCAUAUCGGAAUGUCUUACACCUACGUGCGCAUUGGAGGUACAGGAGCGCAUUAUGAUGCCUUAGCAGCUCCUGUCGAC